GCGAAGGCCCAACGUAUGAAUACCCUUUCGUCUGUGUGGUUAGCCCGUCCUCCACAAUCUCUAUGGGACCUGCUAUGUUUGGAUGCCUCUACGUCCGGGUUUUUGUUUAGGAACUCUUCAGUUAAAUUAAUAUCGAGAUUUUUUUGACCAAAAAAAAGGUACAACCUGAACAGAACAGAAACCCUUCUGAUUCUCACCCCAGUUCAACCUCUGCUCUCUUGCCACUCUGCUCGUCUCUCCGUAGCCUAAACCCCUCGCCGCUGCCAUCACCGGUUGUCCGAGAUUUGUUACCUGAUGAGGGUAAUAAUGGAUCAUGGUGAACUUCACAAUCUUCACAGGCCAAUAUAAGACAUUGAGGAACUUGUCUGCACCAUAGGCGUGGUAUUGGGCAUUCCAGGAGAUGGGGAAGCGAGAGAAGAAGCAGAGACACCAAAGACACCCUCGCAGAGAAGCCUCUCAUUAUCUUGAAGGAGGAGAGGAUAGUUUCAGUUACGAAAACUUGCCCUCAGCUUCGAAGCCUCCUCUUUCCGAUGAAGAGGAUGAGGAAGAGGAGGUGGAGGAGGAAGAACAAGAGCAAGAACAUGACAGCCAAAGUCCAUCACUAGACAUUCCAUCAAAAUUCCUCCUCUACCAACAAUCUGUCCAGUCGCCCAAAGGAGAUAUAAGCUAUUUGCAGAAAUUUUUUCUCAUGUAUGUGGGUGGACGGCAGGCCCUCCAUCUUCAAGAAGAUUUUUGUGGGACUGCUCUUCUUUGCAUAGAGUGGCUCCGAAAUGACCCAAGGCACAAAUGUGAUUUGUGGCACUUGUGUCCAACCACCAAUAGGUAUUGUUUGACACCAAUGACACCUCAGACACAACCACAUCAAUCAGUCUCUCAUUAUCUUCCUGCUCUGUCAGAUUCAGUUGUUUGGUUGUACCACCGCCUUUGCCUUUCCUUGGGCGCUUCUUGCAAUCCUUAG